AUGUCCGAGGCAGCAGCAGGCCUGUUGCCGCCAAAGCCAGCACGCGACCCCGACGCCAGAGUGACCGUGUCAGACGGCGGGAGAAGGGCGGUGAGGCUGGCAGAAGGACUGGCUGGGGAGGCCGUGCUGCGUGACGCAGGCCCGGAGUCUGCCUGUUCCGCGAGAGGCCAGGAGCGCAUGUGCUGUUGGAGGGGCCCCAGCCCGGGCAAGGAGUUCUCCGGCUCCCCCGUAGGCCGGCUGGGGGAGACGCUGCCACAGUAA